AUGGAAGAAGAAAGACCUAAUACAGAAACUAAAAAGAAGAAAAGUAAAAUAAUGUGUAAUGUCGCAUUCACGAAGUAUGAGGUUGUAAAGCAUGUUGCAUCAAAGGUUUUCGGAUGAAAAUUGUCAUAUGAUGAAGAAGACGAAGAAUGGGACAUCCUUUGAACUGAUCAAGCAGUUCCUCCUGAGAGAUUAGCUCACAUGAAGCUAUAUCAAAAGAUCAACCAUUUCCCAGGCAUGUAUGCUAUUUCUCGUAAGAAUUAUUUGGCAUAUAAUUUGACCAAAUUAAAGAAAAGAUUCCCUGAAGAAUACAAUUUCUUCCCUAGGACUUGGGUUGUCCCGUGUGAUAUGGGAGAUCUGCGCAAUUUUAUGCAAACUAAGAAGAACGCAUAUGUAAUUGUAAAGCCAGAAGCUUCGUGCCAAGGAAGAGGCAUUUAUCUUACAAAUAGACUUGAUGACAUUGAUCCUUCAGAAAAACAUGUUGUUCAAGAAUACCUAGAAAAGCCAUUUUUAAUUGACGAUCUUAAAUUCGAUUUAAGAAUCUAUGUGCUUGUUGCUGGAUGCGACCCACUAAGGCUUUACAUUCAUGAGCAAGGACUCACAAGAUUUGCAACAGAAGAAUAUGAAAGGCCAUGCGAAGAUAACAUUGAAGAUAUGUGCAUGCAUCUCACAAAUUAUGCAGUAAAUAAAAACAAUCCUAACUUCAUCCACAAUGAAAACUCAGACGACGAUGAUAUCGGCCACAAGAGAAGUCUUCAAUCAACUUAUGAUUACCUUGAAGAAAAUGGGUACGAUGUUGUGAAACUAAAAGCUAAAAUUGAUGAUAUGCUUGUAAAAACGUUGUGCUCUAUACAACCAAAUCUUGCACAUCAUUAUCAUUCUUGUCAGCCUGAAGAUAUUACAAAUGGUAUGUGCUUUGAAGUUUUAGGCUUCGAUGUUAUGCUUGAUUCAAAGCUAAAUCCGUAUGUCCUAGAGGUAAACCAUACGCCUUCGUUUACGACUGAUUCUCCACUUGACAAAAAAAUAAAAAAGGCUGUGAUAGGGCAAGCCUUGAAAAUUAUGAAUAUUUCUGCUAGAAACCGCAAAGAGUAUUUUAAGAAGACAAAGGAAGAAAUACAGAAAAGAGCCUUAACAGGGAAAAUGGAAAGAGAUAGCAAAGAAGUCAGAGCUGAAAAGAUGCUGCAGCAUCAGCUGAAGAGAGAUAAAUGGGAAUCAAAACAUCUGGGAGGGUAUAGAAAAAUUUAUCCAGUUGAAGGAUUUGAAAAAUAUGAUGCCAUGACCAAAGCUGCUGAUGAUAUUUGGCAAGAAUGGACUGGGACCAAAAUGAAUAGAGUCAGAAAAACUGAAGAAAAUAAAGUUCCACCGAUGAAAACGUUACCUCCCCAGCCACCAAAAUCCCAAAAAACAGAUGUAAAAAGAGCAGCACAAAAGGGGCCUGAUAUUAUUUCACCUCAUAGAUGUCCCUCCGCAAAUUUGCCUGGAGUUGAUAGUCCAGGAGUCAAUCAAAGUGAAAAUGAGAAGCAUCACUCUUUAAAAGUUUUUGACAGACUAAGUAAGCCAGUGGUUCGAAGAUUCAAAGGUACUGGAGCUGCAUAUCUUCCUCCAGUUAUAUACUCUGAUGAAACAAGGCCCAGCCUUGUAAUUGAGAAAAAAGCAACACUGAACCCAGCAGCUUUAUCAGAUAUAAGUACAAGAGGAGUAAAUGCCAAUUUAGUGAACUCAAUCCUUUCAAUCCAAAACGGAUUCAAAACAAAAAAGACUGAUGCAAAGUCAAGGCUUGUGGUGCCAAAAUCCUAUCAUUAUAUCAAAACCACUUCUGCAAGAGAUUUAGUCCCAAAUGACGAGCUAUACAAGACCAUCAAACCCAAAUUGAUGGAGCUUGACACCUUUUCUGAAGAUAAACAAAAAGAAAGCUUUAAAAAAUGAAAUUUAUAG